AUGGUGUUUGAGAAGCCUAUCGUUGUCGACUGCCGUGGUCACCUGUUAGGUCGUCUGGCUUCUCUGAUUGCAAAGGAGCUUCUGCAAGGGCAGCAUGUCGUUGCUGUACGAUGCGAGCAGCUCGAGAUCUCCGGCUCGCACGUGCGCAACAAAAUCAAGUUCUUACAGUUCUUGAACAAACGUACGGCUACCAACCCCAAAAAGGGACCCAUCCACUACCGUGCACCAUCGCGCAUGCUUUGGCGCACGAUCCGUGGUAUGCUUCCACACAAGACGGCACGUGGUACUGCCGCUUUGCAACGCCUUAAGGUGUUCGAUGGUAUCCCGUCGCCGUAUGAUAAACAGAAGCGAAUGGUUAUCCCUGCUGCUCUGCGUGUGCUCAGACUAAAAGCCAGUAGACGCUUUACUGUCCUCGGUAACCUUGCAUCUGAGGUUGGCUGGAAUCACGCUGAGCUGGUCAAACGUCUUGAGGCCAAGCGUCUUGUCAAGUCGGAUGCUUUCUACAAGCGAAAGAUUGCUCAGCAAAAGCGUCACGCCGAAGCAAAGGCCAAGGUCUUUGCCGAAAAUUCGGAACUCAAACCGACGCUUGCCAAGUAUGGUCAUGCUCUUUAG